AUGGACGAGAGAGCCCGCAUCCCCGUUACUCUCCCAGUCCCGAACCCAACGCCCAGCUACUGGCACUCGCCACCCUCCCGUCUCUCAACCUACACCUCCAGCCCAUCACCACCCUCAGAGACCGAUACUUUGAUCAUAGGAAGUGGCAUCACCGGCGCGGCCAUAGCGCACUUCCUCCUCUCCUCAGACCAUGCAUCUGCUUCACCCCCAGAUAUCACCAUGCUUGAGGCUCGCACCCUCACCUCUGGUGCGACGGGUCGCAACGGCGGCCACACAAAAGCCGCAUCCUACCGGUCAUUCCUUCAUCACGCCGAGACACUUGGGACAGACGCAGCUUGCCUCAUUGCCCGUCUCGAACUCGCAAACAUCCGAGCCGUUCACGCCUUUGCCGCGUCACAUCUCAAAGACAAGGAGACGGAGAGCAGACCCUGUCAGACGGUCGACGCGAUAUACGAUGAGGCGCAGUGGGAAGCUGACAAGAAGGCCGUCGAAGCGAUGAGGAAAGCCAUGCCCGACGACGACGCGUCAAAGUACGAAUUCUAUGACGUCGAGGAGAUGAAGACCCGGUUUCACGUUGCAAAGGAAGGGCUACAUGGAGGCAUCGGAUACGAAGCCGGAAGCAUCUCGGGAUACCGCUUCACCACCGGCGUGCUGGAGUUAUGCGUCGACAAAGGCAUGAAGCUCUUCACAGAGACACCAGCACUGAGCGUCAAGAAAAUCCAACAAGGUCUCUCCACGGACAACCCUCGCUGGGUAGUCGAGACACCAAAGGGGCAAAUCAAGGCCCGCCGCGUCAUACUAGCAACAAACGGCUACACGGCAUUCCUCCACCCGCGCUUUCAAGAGGCCAUCGUCCCGAUGAGAGGCCAAAUCACAGCCCACCGCCCGGGCUCCAACAUGCCAAAGGCGGGCCUCGCGACAACCUACAGCUUCAUCUACGAGGCCGGCUACGAGUACAUGAUCCCCAAACCGGCAGGCACGCAAUUCGCCGGCGAUAUCGUCAUUGGCGGCGGCCUGGUCCGCGCUCCCGACCAAGGGCUGGGCGAGUACGGUACGACGGAUGACUCGCGGCUGAACCCCGUCAUCAGCGCCUACCUACGCGAGACGACGCCGCGCUAUUUCGGCGACGAUUGGGGCGACGAUGACCCCGAGGGCGAGGGCGGCGGCAGGGUGCGCGCCGAGUGGACGGGCAUCAUGGGCUUCAGCCCCGACGGGUUCCCAUUCGUGGGAGAGGUGCCGGGCGAGGACGGACUGUGGGUUUGCGCGAGUUUUCAGGGACACGGUAUGGUGUUUUGCUGGAUGUGCGCGAGGGCGCUGGCGGUCAUGCUCGAAGGAAGUGACGGCGGCGCGGCGGAGGAGGAGAAGAAGAACAACGGGGAGGAGGCGAAGGCGGAGGAGGCGGAGAAGCAGCUGGGCAGCUGGUUUCCCGACGCGUUUAGAAUUACAUCCGCACGCCUGGCGCAAAGAUUUGCAGGGGGAGUGAAUCACUCGACGGCUGGAUCUGCUGAUCGGACAUAA